GCCAGAGGAGGCGCGCCGAGCUGUGCGCCCCGCGAGCCGCAGCGCUCGCUGCGAGAAGCAGCACGCUCUGAUUCCACAUCAUGCAUUGCGAGGUGGCCGAGGCACUUUCUGACAAGAGGCCUAAGGAGGCUCCAGGGGCACCAGGCCCCGGCAUUGGGCCUGCCAGUCUCAGUGCACACAUGGCCUUCAGGAUUACUGUGAGUGGAGGCAGCUGCGGGGCUGUGGGCCCUCGGGACCUGCUGCCUCGGCCACCCAUGCCAACAUCGCGCACCCAUGAACUCCUCUGCCCCCGGAGUCCCAGAGACUACAGCACGUCCAAGGUUGCCACUGGGAAGGUGAAUGGGAGCUAUGGCCACUGCACCCCAGGCUCAGAGAAGAGCCUGCUGGACCUGGACCUGGCCGAGGGCCCUGGCCCCACCUGCCACCAGGGCCUAUUUCUCUCCACAGGAUCUUCACCAUCCCAAGUUCAUCCUACUGCCUGUGAGAGGCUGAUUCAUUUCCCCCACUCUAACAGGUCACCCAGGCUCCAAACCAUGUAUGUGAAUGGUAGCCUCCCAACUGGACAACAUAUCAAGCAGGAGGCCCUGCCAGACUACCAGGCUAUGGCUGAAGUCCGCACACCCCUGUUGACCCACUGCCGGGCCCCACCCAACACUAGCCUGCAUACAGACCUAGAUCUUACAGGCCGAGGCCUCACCAACCCUGUGCCUUCUUGCUACAUUCUGGGUAGUGAGCCCAACUCAAGCCUGGGCUCCCAGCUGGAGGCCCAUCUUCCUGAGAGUGGCCUGAAGCGCUGCUGCCUCUUGGGCCUGCCCCCAACCUCCUCAGCCACCUCCUCAUCCUGCACCACCUCUGAUGUCACUCCAGUUAUGCGCUCCUCCCAGACAGCCCUAGUCACUUGUAUAAAUGGACUUCGGAGUCCCUCUCUACCAGGAGACCUGGGGUGCCCUCCCAAAAGGGCCCGGUCCAGCUCUGUAUCCACUGAAAGCCAUGAAGGCAGUUUACAGCUUGAAGCAUGUGGAAAAUCAGGCUUUCUGAAGCAGGAGCCCAUGGACGAGUUCUCAGAGCUCUUUGCACCUCAUCAGCAGGGCCUACCACCCCCCUACCCGCUGCCUCAGUUGUCAGCUGGCUCAGGCCUUGGAGGCCUAGGACUGGGGCUAGCAGGCAGGAUGGUGGUAGGGCGGCAGGCGUGCCGCUGGGUGGACUGCUGUGCAGCCUAUGAGCAGCAGGAGGAGCUGGUACGGCACAUCGAGAAGAGCCACAUUGAUCAGCGCAAGGGUGAAGACUUCACCUGCUUCUGGGCUGGCUGUGUGCGCCGCUACAAGCCCUUCAAUGCCCGCUACAAGCUGCUCAUCCACAUGAGGGUACACUCAGGAGAGAAGCCCAACAAGUGCAUGUUUGAAGGCUGCAGCAAAGCCUUCUCACGGCUGGAGAACCUCAAGAUCCACCUGCGGAGCCACACAGGUGAGAAGCCUUACCUGUGCCAGCACCCAGGCUGCCAGAAAGCCUUCAGCAACUCCAGUGACCGUGCUAAGCACCAGCGUACCCAUCUCGACACGAAGCCGUAUGCCUGUCAGAUCCCCGGCUGUUCCAAGCGCUACACAGACCCCAGCUCCCUUCGUAAGCACGUGAAGGCCCACUCUGCCAAAGAGCAGCAGGUGCGUAAGAAGCUGCAUGCAGGCCCCGAGACUGAGGCUGAUGUCCUGACGGAGUGUCUGGCCCUGCAGCAGCUCCACGCAUCUACACAACUGGCUUCCAGCGAUGGGAAGGGCAGUCUUGCCCUGGGCCAGGAGCUGCUCCCAGGUGUGUAUCCUGGCUCCAUCAACCCCCACAGUGGGCUUGCUUCAGGCAUCCUGCCCCCUACGCUCGACGUCCCUUCCAGGCCCCACCCACUGGAUGCUGCCAGUUCCCACCACCAUAUGUCCCCCCUGCCGACCACUGAGAGCACCAGGGAUGGGUUGGGAUCCAGCCUCCUCUCACCCAUGGUCAGCCCAUUGAAGGGGCUUGGACCACCACCACUGCCACCGUCUUCCCAGAGCCAGUCUCCCGGGGGCCAGCCUUUCCCCACACUCCCCAGCAAGCCACCCUACCCACCCUUCCAGAGUCCCCCGCCCCCGCCUCUGCCAAGCCCACAAGGCUACCAAGGGAGUUUCCACUCCAUCCAGAAUUGCUUCCCCUAUGGUGACUGCUACCGAACAACAGAGCCAGCCACAGGUGGAGACGGGCUGGCAGGGGAAGCCCAUGGUUUCAACCCACUGCGACCCAAUGGCUACCACAGCCUUAGUGCACCUUUACCUGCCCCAGGCUAUGAGGCCCUGGUUGAGGCCCCAUGCCCCACAGUGCUGCCGCCACAGCCAGCUGAAGAUGUGUCCAGCGGCCCUGAGGACUGCAGCUUCUUCUCCAAUGGAGCCUUUGACCACUGCCUGAGUCACAUCCCCUCCAUCUACACCGACACCUGAAGGAAGGCUCACGCGCCCGCCUGCCCAGCUCACAGACUUUGCCUCACCUACUUGCCACGGGCUCCCGCCCCCUGCACCUGGCAGGAGCAGCAAAGUGACCAUCGCAGGGAAACCCGGCACUGUGGGAGGGAGUGGCUUGCUGAGCUCCGAGCUGCCCACCAGGGAACAUGCCCUUGAUAGUGUCUUCCUCUUUCUCCUCCCUAUGGUUUUAACAUCACAGACCUCGUGUAUAUAAAUUGUACAGAACUUGUUUCC